AUGACGCCACACCCGACACCCGCGCAGCCACCAGCGGCCAAGGAGGUGUUCGACAUGAAGAUCGACGAGCUCCGCAGCGAGUACCUCCUCGCCUCGGGAAGGGCCGCCGACGUCGCGAUCCACACGCGCAAACCCCAGCUCAAGGCCGAGAUCCUGCUGUUCCGGGCCGGCGUCCCCGAGCACCUGCACGACAAGCUUCGAGAAAAGGUCAUCCACCUGAACACCCUCCGCGUCGACCACCUGCGCGCCCAGGCGUUCCAGAAGAUGAUCCCCGGCACCCUCACACGCCAGGAAACCGUCGAGAGGAUGAUCCAGAGGAUGCGGGAGAAGAUCGGGGGAAAGGCAAGCAGAACCCAGCCCGGGACCUGCAGAGCGCCGCUGACCAGCCACAGGACACGGGCGGAGCUGACGACGGCACGGAGCAGGACGAGUAACCCGUGGGCGAAUGAUGCCGCACGCCGCGUGGGCGGAGAUAUGUCGGCCGUAUUGAUUUCGGAUGUAGUCCUAUGGCCGUCGGGGACGCCACGGCGCUGA